AUGACAGUCGACUCGGAAAUAUUUAUGCCUAAAAGUAAAGCGCCGAAAAUGGAUGACUUGGACUACAUCCCAGUAGACCUGAGCCCAGAGGAGCGCUCAGAGCUGGAGGACAUCCGCAGGAGGAAGGGGGUCCUGUUGCAGGAGAUCCAGAGGCUCCGCGAGGAGCUCAGGGAGGCCAUUUUGGAGGUGGAGGGGCUGGAGGCCAGCACAGAGGGCAGUAAAACCCUUCAGAAAAAUCGGCAUGUGGCGAUGGGAAGGAAGAAGUUCAACAUGGACCCUAAAAAGGGCAUCGUGUUUCUCGUGGAGAACGAGCUGCUCAGACACACUCCGGAGGACAUCGCUCAGUUCCUCUACAAAGGCGAAGGCCUCAACAAGACGGCCAUCGGCGAUUACCUCGGAGAAAGGGACGACUUCAACAUCAAAGUCCUCCAGGCCUUCGUUGACCUGCACGAGUUCACCGAUCUCAACCUCGUCCAGGCCCUCAGGCAGUUUUUGUGGAGUUUCCGUCUGCCCGGUGAAGCCCAGAAGAUUGAUAGGAUGAUGGAGGCAUUUGCCCAGAGAUACUGUCACUGUAACCCCGGCGUCUUCCAGAGCACUGACACGUGUUACGUGCUGUCCUUCGCCAUCAUCAUGCUCAACACCAGCCUCCAUAACCCCAACGUGAGGGACAAGCCGGGCGUGGACCGCUUCAUCUCCAUGAACCGAGGCAUCAACGACGGAGGCGACCUGCCCGAGGACCUCCUGCGCAACCUCUACGAAAGUAUCAAAAACGAGCCCUUCAAGAUCCCCGAGGACGACGGCAACGACCUCACGCACACCUUCUUCAACCCCGACAGAGAAGGCUGGCUGCUCAAGCUUGCAGGGGGGCGGGUGAAAACCUGGAAACGUCGAUGGUUCAUCCUCACAGACAACUGCCUCUACUACUUUGAAUACACAACGGACAAAGAACCUCGAGGCAUCAUCCCCUUGGAGAACCUCAGCAUCCGUGAGGUGGAGGACCCACGCAAACCGAACUGCUUCGAGUUGUACAUCCCCAACAACCGCGGUCAACUCAUCAAGGCGUGCAAGACGGAGGCGGAUGGCCGCGUGGUGGAGGGAAACCACAUGGUGUACCGCAUCUCCGCCCCCACGCCCGAGGAGAAGGACGAGUGGAUCCACAGCAUCAAAUCUGCGGUCAGCGUGGACCCCUUCUACGAAAUGCUCGCUGCCAGGAAGAAACGUAUAUCGCUGAAGAAGAAAGAAGAGCAGGCCUAGAGUGUUACCUGCGCCGUCCGCCUCCUUUUCCCCACCUCUUCCUCCCUCCGAACUCCUCCUCGUCGUCCCUGCAGCCGCCACGUUGAACACACUGGCCGUCAUCAACGCGGGCGAGGGACCGUGCCGUCCUCAAAACAGGAACUCUUCGGAAAAUUCUAGCUACAAAGGCUCAUCACAUGCAGUGUUCCCCCAAGUAUGUGCAAUUUUUUGGUUUUUCUUUUGGUGGUCUUUCUGGGAUGCCACAAGAUUGCGACAAAACACGGUCUCAUAUAAAAGUGGUGCUUUGGUGUCAUUUUGUGAUAAUCGCGUGUCGAGGCACUAUGUUGAAGUGAGUGGAGGAGCUUCCACCCAAAAGCUUGGCCUCGCCCACCCAAAAGCUUUGUCACAAUGCUUUCCUGUUCUAUGGGCCAGGGCCUCAAUAGAAGCUCCUCCUCCCCGCACUUCAGCAUCCAGCCCGACACAACCAAAAGCCGCAAAAUGGCGACAAUAAAGCUCCUCAACUCACUGCAAGAUAAGGCCCAAAUGCUGCUUUUCUAUUAGGCGGGGCAAUGGCAUAUCGAGUAGAAGCUCCUCCCAUCACUUCAACAUGGCUCCUCAGCACAAAGAUGCCAGAGGAUGGUGCCAAAGCACUACUUUUGUGUGCUUUGGUGCCACCCUGUGGCAUCUCAGGCGUAGGAUUAAAGCACUUUUUUUUUUCUUUUUUGAAAUCAGCCAGGGCUUUGAAUACAAGCUCCUUCUCUCACUUUUGUCACCAGAAUGGUGCCAAAGCACCACUUUUCUAUUUAUACUUUGAUGUGAUUCGAUAGCAUUUCAGAAAAUACACCAAGCAAAGUGAACAAACAGAAUAAGUAAAAAAAAAAUAAAAAAAAAAAACAUGAAUUUACGAGAGAAUCACGACUAGGCAGGCAGGGGACACUUAUUAAUAUAAGCAAUUGUUGGAUUUACAUCUCCCCUCUGAAAAAAACAAAAAAGUCCUCAUUACUCCAGCCUCCAUUCUUGACAAGUAGAUGAAGAGGUGACAUUUUGACCUCCUCCUCAAGUGGCCCCCUCAUCCAAGGCAGCUCAUGACAUUGUACGACUUUUUUUCUCUUUAUGUUCUUGUAAAUAGACGUUAGCAUCUUUGUUUACAGCACACCUGGAGAGACCAUAUAAUUUAUUGUUCCUGUUUUGUACGAGCUACUGUUAGGAGCACACGUAGACGGGCGUGAAGUCGCCAACGAGUCUUUAGCGUGCCUAGAAGAACCGCCAGGAUAUGUGCCGUUUUGCCCGGUGAAGCACAAGCCUCCAUGAAAUGAUCCCACGUUGUUUUCUUGCAUUUCUUUGGCUUCCCGCUGUCCACGGAACACAAAAUAUCCAGCGCUCCAUCCAGGUCAAAUGAGUCCUUUGACCUUUUUUUUUUUUUUUUUUAAAUGAACCGGAUUUGACACGUUCAUGCUUUUUGUAGAUGGUAACUGAACUCAAGAUGCGUUAUUUGUUUUCACUGCACUUUAUUAGUUCGUUGUGCCUGGCGAGCGCGUCAGUCAACCAGCUCGGCAAUAAGUGAGAGCGGGGCUGGGGAACCGCAUGCAGGCCAAGCUCAGAGGAAGUCUUCUAAAAAGACAUUGGUUCAAUCUUUCGAUCAUAUUUUGAUGGCCCCUGUUGGAAAACAAAAAAACGGGUUCCCCACUGCACGUUGAUACAAAACGCGAUCACCUGCUCGCAUUCAACUUAAGAAGUUCACGACCUUCAUGCUCUGUAGUUUUUUUUUUUUCUCUAUAAAUAUUUUAGUUCUUGAUUUAAAAAAAAAAAGUAGCAUGAGGCUGAAUGAUGACGCUGAUCUUAUUUGGACCUUUGUAGCCGCGGCGACGGCCAAGCGGAUGAACACAAACUUUGUGAGUUGCCUUUACGUUAGUCGUUUCUCUCCCAAAGCUUGCAAAGGCCCGGCCUUUUGCCAGUCCCGUAUGUGCUUCUGUGUAUUUGCCUGUGGGCCUUCUUCGACCUUCUGGAAAUUCUUGAAGUGCAAAGUUGCCAAAAAAAAGAAAGUCAAAACAUCCAAGUGUUACAAACUGCACAGCAAAUUUCUUUUGUUUCUGAGCCACCUCUUUCUGAAAAUGUCUUUAUUUUCUAUUUAUUUAUUUACUUAUGCCGAAGUGAAGAUGGAGCUAGAUAUGAUGUAAAUGUAGCAAAUGGUGCAAACCGCGCACACACACACACCCACACACAUUGGUGCCAGUAAACUACAGUGUGACAAUAAAAAGGUGAUGAUUGACUGUU